AUGUCCUCGUCCCCAAGAAGCUUCCGGGAGUCUUCCCCGGCCGGAGCUCCUGGGCGAACAAGGUCUCAGUUCACGUAUCGCCACCUCAACACACUGGCCUCGUAUCCAACAUCAUGUCCUCUGAGAGUUGUGGCCCAUAUCGAUCUUGACGCCUUUUAUGCCCAGUGUGAGAUGCGUCGGCUUGAUCUCCCUGAUGACCAGCCUCUUGCUGUCCAGCAAUGGCAAGGCCUUAUUGCCGUCAACUACCCUGCCCGCGAUCGCGGCGUCGGAAGAUUCACCGACAUCAACCAAGCCAAAGAGAUGUGUGAUAAUCUGAUCUGCCAGCACGUGGCAACUUGGAGGGAGGGGGAAGAAAACUGGGCGUACCGUGAUGACCAUGUCAUGAGUACUGACAAAGUCUCCUUGGACCCAUAUCGUUUGCAGUCGAGGAAGAUUCUAGCUUUGAUCAAAGAAUCACUCCCGGCAAACCUUCAGAAGGUUGAGAAAGCUUCUAUAGACGAGGUGUUUAUCGACCUCUCGGCCCAAGUGCAUGCAACUCUUCUGGAACGCUUUCCUGAGCUCAGGAACCCGCCUCCCUACGAUGACCCAACUGAAAGAUUGCCCAUGCCGCCAGUAACAGCGCUGGAUUGGAAAGCAGACGCGCUGGUUGACCUUGACGACACGGAAACGGAAACCGAUGAUCCCGAUUGGAACGAUGGUGUCGCAAGCAACAAGAUGCUCAGUAAAUUGGGCUCCGGUCACAAGAAGCCUAAUGGACAGACCGUGAUACGGCAUCGAGCUACCCGGCAAUUCCUGUCGGGCUUUAAGUUCACCAAGAUCCGGAACCUGGGAGGCAAGCUGGGCGACCAAAUUGCUCAGACUUUCGGCACCGAGUCCGUCAGCGAUCUAUUACUGGUGCCUGUAGAGCAGCUCAAGUCCAAGCUUGGAGAUGAUACGGGGACUUGGGUUCACAAUACGAUCAGAGGUAUCGACAACAGUGAAGUCAACUCGCGUGUUCAGAUCAAAUCAAUGCUGUCAGCGAAGUCGUUUCGCCCCAGUAUCAACAGUGUGGACUCGGCGGUGAAGUGGCUUAGAAUCUUCGUGAGCGAUAUCUUCUCUCGAUUAGUCGAGGAAGGCGUUAUUGAAAACAAGCGACGUCCUCGGACGAUCAAUCUCCAUCACCGGCAUGGUGGCCAGACACGGUCAAGGCAGGGCCCCAUUCCUCAGGGGAGGCCAAUCGACAAGGAGUUGCUGCUUGACCUCGCCACAAACCUCCUUAACCAAAUUGUCCUUGAGGGCAAAGUAUGGCCAUGUUCAAACCUUUCCCUUAGUGUCGGCGGCUUCGAUGAAGGCAUAAGCGGCAACAUGGGCAUCGGAGCAUUCUUAGUGAAGGGCGAGGAGGCACAGUCUCUGAAGAGAAUAUCGCGAGAAGGUUCAACCGAGGCACUGCCUUCCAAGCCGCUGGAGAAACAUAAAAAACUGGAGAAAGAGGGAAUCCAUAGAUUCUUUUCGAAACCGACAUCGAUCGAAAAUCACGAUGAUGAGAAGGGUCCUCUGAAUCCAGCCACUGGCCUACAGAGCGGUGGUGGAACAUCUCACAGGCACAUCGGAAAUUCGAUAUUGGGAUGGGAACCUGCAGAUUUGGUUGCACAAAGAGAAGCCAGUAGUGACAGUCAACUGCAGGAACCGAUAUCCUACCUAUGCCAUCGCUGCAGCAUGAGCUUCGAGGAUUCUGAACAAUUACAAUGCCACCAAGACGAGCACCUCGCUAGGGACCUCCAAGAGGAGGAACGUGGCAGCCACACAUUUGUUGGGCACCCUUCAAGCAAGGGAGAUAACAAAGGCACAGCUGCAUCAGCGAAACGGCCCACGAAACGAAAGAAGAUGGAGGUCGGACAGAGCAAAUUGAAAUUUGGAUGA